GCCGACUGACAUGAGGUUUGAAGAUUACCGUGAAAUGGUAAACUUCUGCCUGGGGAUGGGAGGUAUUGGGUGCGAAUCUCGCUUCUUGCUUUUGAUGUGGCGAUAUCUGACUACUGUUGUUAGGCAAAACUAUUUUUGGCAAAUGGCAAAAGUCGAAACUAAAUCCGGCAAAAGUCAAAACUGGCAAAACUCCGGCGAAACUAUGGCAAAAUGGCGAAACUCUGGCAAAACCUUGGUAAAGCUAAAACGCCUGGAGAAAGUCAAAUACAGCGAAGAUCAAAUCCUCUAA